CGGAACCGCAAAGGUUGUCCCAACUCCUACCAGUUUUAUGUGUAGGUGAGUGAGACCGUGAGAGGAAUUGCUGCAGCAAAACUGCUGCUGUUUUGAACUACUCUCCUCAAUUCUUCAACGUACAUACUUACCAUCCGCCGCGGCUUUCUUCAGUUCCAGAAAAAACAAAGGUUCGUAUCUAACUACUCCACCUCUCUGUCUCUACCCUGUUCAAAAUUCAAGCUUUUGAUUAAGAUUUCUGGUCCUAGCAGGCCCCAAUGGACCCAUUAGGGCAUAGCAGAAGCCAAAAUGAAGUUGAAGGGGAUCUUCUGGAGGAAGGCCUAGAUGAGCUCCAAGUCGAGCAAAGGAUGAGGACGAAGAACAUAGUUUCCGUUAGCAGUCAAAAGAUGGAGCAGGAUGGAGGAGUCGACAGUUCCCCUACCACCAAGUCUACAAGCCAGAAGAGGAGAAGGAAGACGACGGAGAAGAAGAGUUUGUACGACAUUGACCACCGAGUUAAGGAUACUGUAAAGGGGAAAGCGAAUGAAAUUGACGCCAGUCUCAAAAGAAACGAUCCUACCUUGAUCACCACAACCAAGCUCAUGUCGUGCACUGACCUCGCUCCUGGCGCCUCUAGCAUGAAACUACCGAAAAAGUUCUGCAAUGAGCAUAUGCCAGAGGGUAAAAAGUCGUUCUGGGUGAAAGUAGGAAAUGGGGAAGAUUUCCUUGUUGACUACAACGGGGGUACUCGCGCAAUUAGUGGAGGGUGGAAAGCUUUCGCCUUUCAUCACAAAUUAGAGGUCGGAGAUGCUCUGGUUUUCCAACUCAUCCCUCCAUCCCAAUUCCAGGUUCACAUUGUGAGGGCAAAUGCUUCUAAGGAAGUGGCUAACGCCUCAGAAGAAGUGGAUGCUCAGCGCCUCCUGAAGUUGAAUGCUAUUCAGCAUGAGCCAAGCUCCUUAACAAGAGAAACUGAAGAAAACAAUGACACCAAUGAUAGCUUACUGGACCACGAGGAAGAUCACAACCACAAUAAUGUGGGCAAUGAUGAUGGAGGUGGUAAUGGUUGGUUGGGGCCAGAUAUGUGUUUUGAAAACCUAAGUGAUAGUAAUACAGACAUGGCAGGACCUAUUGUUGAUGAUUUCGAACGGGUGAAACGCUUCCAAGACUUCAAAAUUGUGGCUAAUGGUUCAGUUAUCAAUGACAAAGUUUCUGAGCUCCAUCUAUCCAAGUACCAUAACCUGUGCCUUAGCCAGAGAUCUUUUCUGCAUCGAGACCUUCUUGAGGGAUUCAACGUCUGGACCAUUGCCGGAACGAUUAUUGACAUUUGUGACAUAGCAGAUGCCAUCAGGGCAAUGUCGAAGGUAGUCCCGAAGAAAGAUUUGCAGACUUGGGGCAGCAAGUUGAAAGUAUAUGAGAAGAUGGGGGUGAAUGUUGGUUUCCUACUUGUUCGAUUGAGGAAGCUCGAGUUGCUUGCUGACAAGGCAAAUGGGUACGAGAGGCUGAUGAAGGAGAGAGAUGGUAUGAAGGAGGAGCUGCAAAAUUUGGAGGAGCAAGUUGGGAGAGUGAAAGAAAAACUGGAACGGGUUGAGAAGGAGAUUGAUAAGCUAGGAGUUGUGGGUGGCGGUAGUAUUGACCGUGACUUCCAAGAGUUGGCAAAUGCGCCUUGGUGAUGGAAGGUUGAAGGGAGGAAGCUGGUCUCUUUUGGGGGGCGUUUUGUACAUGGACUGUGCAUGUCGCUUUGGGUCCAGGAUUUUGUGUAGUCUGGUAAGGUAAGGAAGUUGUGCGGCCUAAGUUCAGGUCCUUAAGGCCUCUUUUUUAAGGAGGAACUUAAAGCCUUCUGAUUGGCUUACUCAAGAUUAGGUAGUUAGUAGGGAGUUAUUAGUUUAAAAGUUGUUAGGGGUAUUAAGGAGAAUAUAAUUAAAUUAAAACA